AAUAAACAGCGGACGGAAGGGCCGCGGCGGUGGAGCCAGAGCGAGCAGGGUUUCCGCAGCCUCACCUGUCCCCAUUCACCCGAGGUAUCGGCGGCGGCGGGGAGCGCACCUCAGGCGGAGAGAGCCGCUGCCAGGUUUGACUGAUAUUACAAAGGAUCCAGACUUUAAUGGAAUCUAUGAUGAAGACCUUAAUGAGGAUCCAACAUAUGAUCCCAGUAGCCCUGAAGAAACAGCUCUAUUUAUGAAAUAUGCUGAAAAUAUUAUGCUAAAGUUAACAUUCAGUACCACACAAGUUCAACAGUAUGAAAAUGUCUUUAUAUUUGAAACAGACUAUUGGCUUACUAAUGCUAUAAGAUAUAAUCAAGAUGAUCUUGAUAUUUGUACCUACCAGAGACUACAGCAAAGAUUAUGUCUUCAAAAAAAGAUUAUUCAAAAACGCUUUGAGAAGAAAGAAGAUAUCAGAAGAGGGAUAGGAUACCUAAAGUUAAUAUGUUUUCUGAUUCCAUUUCUACUGAGAUUAAAGAAGAAAAUGAAAGUUCCAUAUUUAAAUAGUCUGCUUCAGCCUUUUUCAGAUGACAAGGUCAAGACAGAGCGAGAAUUGCCUCCAUUUAUUUAUGGAAGAGAUUUUAAAUGCCAGAAUUUUCACUACAAAGAUAAUCAAUAUUUUCAUGUUCACGGAGAAAUUGAAUUUGAUAUCAGCACCGCUUCAAUUGAAAAUGCUUUGGAAGAUUUUCAGAAAAAUUUAGAAAAGAUACGAGAUUGUGCUGCUAAUACAUUUAUAGAAGAUUCAGGAUACAAAGAAUAUUACUCAAUUCCAGUCAUGGAAUUUUAUGGAAAAAGGUACUAUGUGAUCUAUUUUGAACUUGCAACUUUCUAUCAGCAAAUAUAUAAGACACAGUUGUGGGGAGCCAUAAAUGGAAUAGUGAACAAUCUGAGACUGAAAAGACUUCCACUGACAGAUGCUCAAUUAAGUGAACAAUUUAAGAAAAAAUUUGGUUUCAAAAAAGCUAUGAAAUGCAAGAGUAUUCCAAUUGGUAUGAAGUCUGCUGUUGAAAGAGGGUUGUCUGCAGUUUUCCAUACAUUAAGCCAUAAACCCUCAAGCCUGACAAUCAAUGUUGCAGAUGAAGCAGGUUAUACUAUUUUUCAUCAUGCUGCCCUGCACAACAGAGUUUCUAUUAUAUGUCAACUGUGCAAUGCUAAUUUUACGGUCAACCAGAGGCGCUUGGUUACGUUCAGCCAAGGAAUCAGUGCGCUCCGCUGUUACUUGCUGCCACUUCAGGAGCACUGGAUACUAUUCAGUACCUGUUUUCUGUCCGUGCUAACUGGAGAAAAACAGAUAUUAAAGGGAAUAAUAUAAUCCAUUUAUCAG